GAACCAAAGUCUGAGCCUGAACCCAAAUCUGAGCCGGAACCCAAAUCUGAGCCUGAACCAAAGUCUGAGCCUGAACCAAAGUCUGAGCCUGAACCUAAAUCUGAGCCUGAACCCAAAUCUGAGCCUGAGCCAAAGUCUGAACCUGAGCCCACUUCCUCCCAGAAAUCCAAACCUCAAGCUGUGCCCGGACAGGGCUCGAAGGCUGCGUCACCACCAGGAUUUGCUAAACACCCCUAUGCACCUGCCCAUGACUUCAAUCCUAUGGAUUGCACUGACAUGGUGAUUGGAAUGGCCCGUGGAACUGCUAGUCGUAUCUGGGACUACUACACUAGAGACAGAUCAACUCCUAGGUUUGACACAUUCUGGGGUGGUAAGAAUGACCUCACCGCAGCUAUGGGCUUUGAAAAAGACGGUGUGACUACCAUUCUAUUCAGAAAGAAACUUAUAUCCAAGGAACCAACUGAUCAUUCAAUUGAACGAGACCUCAUGCAUGUUAUUUGGGCAAAGGGUCAAGAAACUGGAAAAUAUGUUCAUGUACCAAAGUCUGGUCUAGAGAGAGACACUGCAAGUGUAAAGGAUUUCUACAAGGCCGAUGAAUUAAAAUACCACGGGCAUGGAUCUCAACGUGGAGUUACAACCAUCAACUUUUAUGAAGAGACAACUCAACAACAAAGCCAGGCUGGUGGUGCAACAGAAGAUUUAGACAUCUGUGGUGGUCACUGGCAGACCCCACGCAACUGUAAUCCAGCGAAACGUAACUGUGAAUACUAUGCCAAAUGGGAAUUUUUAGAGAAAAAAGAUGAAGUUAAAUUCACCAUCCAAACUACUCAUACUGACCUUUGGACUGGCAUUGGCUUCUCUGAUGAUCAAAAAAUGUCCCAGACAGAUGCAAUUCUUGGAUGGGUUGACAAGAGUGGAAGAGCAUUUGUAAUGGACACAUGGAUCACAGGAUACACAGCACCCCAGUUGGAUUUAUCUCAAGAUGUUUACAACACAAGUGGUAGCAUUCGGGAUGGAACCACAACUCUUUCUUUUGUCCGCAAGCGUUCAACCUCUGACACCAAGGAUAUCUCCUUAGCCGAAGAAAAGUGUGUGUAUUUCAUGUUCCCUGUAAAGGGAGGAGUUAAAAAUGAUGUAAACAAGAAGAUUCGCAAACAUGAGCAGGUUCCCAGCUUAUCAGCCCAAAGAGUCUGCAUUAAAUCUUGUGGAAAGGGCUCAGGAAGCAGAGUGAGCACCACCCCUGCUCCACCCAGACUCGCAUAUAAUGUUAAGGUGAAAUUAACACAUCUAGGAAACAAGUUCCAAACUCCCAAGCGUGGUUCACAAGACUUUGACACUCUGGCCAACACUGUUGGAACAGGAUUUAGUGAUGUUCUAUCAAAAACUCCUGGCUUCCACAAUCUAGAGGUUGAUGAUUUUGUUGAGGAAGACGGCCAGGUCGUUGCAACAAUGAGACUAGUGCUGGAUAAGGCUGGUCUGAUUGCUAUUGCUGGCCGCUCAUUGGAGGCCAAUGCUGAUUCAUCUGCCAUGGCAGCAGCAGCAGGCAGCCAAGCAGAGCGCCUGCUACAGGACACACUUGCAACAGGGAGGGUGGGAGCCCUAACUGUUGACCCUCAGUACCUUGUGUUCGAGCCUCAGCUGUUGACAGCUGACCUUCCUAAGGAUGAUUCAUCCAAUGAUGUUCUGUUAUCUGCAACCAAAUUGUACAUAGUUAUUGGUUGCAUUGUGGCUCUAGUCCUUGUAGCUAUCAUUCAAGCAGGCUGCACCAUUUAUCGUACAGCCAAGAGUCCAUCUCCUCAUCACAAGGAGCACCUCAUCCCCAACUCGGCGUGGCGGGACUACUCGGCCGCCAACACCAACUACGCCUUCGAGGCGUUCGAGUCCGAGGAGAAGCCCGGUCUGGUGCAGGGCGCCAGCUCCAACGGCUCGUCGCGCUCCAACGGCCGCGACAUGGUGGACGGCGGGCGCAGGCCGCCCAGCUACCCCCAGGGCGGCCCCCAGGACACCCGCUCGCUGCAGCGGCCUCGCGGCGGCCCCGGCGGCCCCGGUGGGUACCCCCAGGACCGCAGCACCUACUCCCUGCCGCGCACGGCGCACGGCCCCACGCCCGUGCCCCACAACGGGUACUACACGCAGGACCGGCGGAGCCAGGCGGCCAGGGAGCUCGGCCUGCAGCCGGACUUCUACUUCAUGCCCUCGCAGCGGAAGUAUUCCGGGGAGGUGGUGCGGGUGUACGUGGACUACAAUACGACGCCGCGCAAGUGAGAAGGGGCUGCGUGCUCGCGCGUAUGGUCUUCCCCCGGUGACAGAACGAUACGUCGAAGCGAACAUCGUCUCUCUCGACGCAUUUAUGUGACCGGCAUUUCUCACUCUGGACCGCGCUCUCGUCAACCCCACUGUUCCUCCAUUCUGCCCCUCCCUUAUUUUAUUAUUGUAGAUUUUGUCUUAAAUUGUGCCAAUUAAGUUUAAACGAAAGACACUUUGCAUAGAAUCUAAUUGUGUCAUUUUAUGGGGCCAUUCCAAGUUUGCUCUGACAAAUUACUAGUAGCAAAUGUUGGUUGUUGGUGAUUAGAGUCAGAACUAUUUUGUUUUGGAGAGUCAGUUUUAAUAUACUGUCUAAGUGUAAGGAAGUCUAUGAAAAUCCAAAGAACAAAAAAAGUUGAUGAUAGUUAUGUGAAAUUUCGUUCUUUGUGUUUUCUCACUUGAAGGCAUACCAUGGGACUUCCUUGAAUGUUGUCUAACAGUGUUACCUACUGUGUAUGAAUCACAGCAAAUAACUCAUGACAUGGAAGACAAAAGGUUCUAUGUGAUAUGACAAUGACGUACAAGCUCAGAAACUCGUCAGCAGAAGAGCCAGAAAUAAGCAUAGUUAAUGAUGGACUGAGAGUUGAUGAUUUGUAUGUAUGAAUUUUUACCAACACUGAAAUGAAUUUUAUGCUCAAUAACAGUAUUGCAUAUAAUUGUAAGAAUAGUUGCAGUGUUUUUCCUUUUCUACAUUUCUUUGUACAAUAUAUUUUUUCAUAGCAGUUGUAAGUUUAGUUAGGGAAUGGAUAAUGAUUGAUAUUGUCAUUUGACAGAGGAGUAAGUUUCAAUUCUAAAUUCAAACUUAAAAGUUUUUUGGUCAGUUUUCAUAUUUCUUGUUUAGUUUGUCUGUGCAAAUGGGUUUACUCUACAAUGUAUAUAUUUUUGUUUGUAAUGUGCUAAUCAGAAAUGUACAUAAUAAAUUCUCACAGACAACUGAAGCAAACUUCCAAAAUAGCUGAACCAUGAAAACCAACAGCUACAGUUUCAGAGUUAUUUCUGAGAUACUCUGUUGUUGUACUUUGUUUGUUGCACAAAAUUUUAACGGUACAAAUGACAUGCAAUAUCAAGAGAGAAAAGCUAUGUACUUAAAGUAACAUAUUUCCUCCAGCACACAGUACUUAGUUAAUUGUAAAAAGUAAAAAGAGUAGCCUAUAAGAUGAUAGUAUGAUGAGUGACUGCUUAGUGAUAGUAUAUGACCUCUUUUGUAAAACCAUAAUAUGUGACAAAACUCUCAUGUAAUGUUGUUAGUUGUGUCAGCACAUGGCAGAUAAAUUGCUCCACCACAGGAUAAGUGAAGAGGAACUAAUGUCAGUUGACUGGGGUAGGUUUCAAUUUUUUUCCCUUCCUCGUUUCUUUGACCCUGCCCUUCACUACCUCUUCACUUUUUCUCACCGGACAUUUCUUCUGUUACAAAGUCAAAAGCCACAGAUACUGUAAGAUAGUAAAUAAAAAAUAGUAAUGAAGUAUGUAUGUAAAUUAUAUUUCUUAUAGUUAUGUAAAAUAGAUCUUUUAAUAUCAAAACAGAUAUUGUUGACAAUUUGUGUUACUUGUAUAAAUAUUUUACAUAAGACAUCAAGUGCUAUAACUUUAUACAUAAUUUUACAAAUGAGCAGAUUGGACAGAAUGUUUGCUUGAAAGACAUUAUAACUAAGCGUUGUUUUGAAUUUGAGGAUGACUUUGUAUCUAUGUUAUAUAUAGAUAAAUGUGCCGAAUAAAUCAGACUGUAUCUACUGAACUUCAGUUGUAAAUAAAUAUCACAGACAAAUUUAAA